GUCGCUCUUUCUCGAAGUAAAAAGGAAAAAGUUCCCGAUAAAGAAAGGUAAGCAGUAAGCAGCUUCAGAACAAGUUCAUCGUGGGCGAAUUCUCAAUCGGCGCCUUCUUCUCGAACCCUACCUUUCUCUUUGAAUUUUGAUCUUCUCUCAUUUACAUCAUCAGUUCUAAGAGAUCAAAAGCUGCGAUGUUGGGCGUUUUAAGGCGCAAAGUCGUUUCUAGCGCCUCUUCUACUUCGUGUGUAAGGAAAUCUCUGCAUACGGUUCGACCUGCAGUAACUACAUCUAGAAUUCCAUCUGCGGCAGCAGUAGAGACAUCACCUCUUACUAGACAAUGUGGUCAUGCGCGGAAUUUCAGUCAGCUUAUGCUACCUGGGUGCUCAUCGAAUUUGAGGCCAGAAAGGGGAGCUGUUAUCAAUCUUUGGUCAAGUCCAACGCUACCGAAUUGGAGCAGGCCAUUCUGUGCAAAUAGUGGUGACCAGGUUGAUGCUGUUGUUCCUUUUAUGGGUGAAUCCAUAAGUGAUGGGACACUGGCCAAGUUCCUGAAGAAUCCUGGUGAUAGAGUAGAAGUUGAUGAGCCAAUUGCUCAGAUUGAAACAGAUAAGGUAACCAUCGAUGUCACCAGUCCUGAAGCUGGUGUAAUCCAAAAGGUAGAACAUCCUUAGCAUUGGAACUCUGCCUCCCCCCCCC